GCCGGCCGCCUCGUCACCGGCAGCCAGGACCACACGCUCAGGGUGUUCCGGCUGGAGGAUUCGUGCUGCCUGUUCACCCUGCAGGGCCACUCGGGAGCCAUCACAGCCGUGUACAUCGACCAGACCAUGGUGCUGGCCAGCGGUGGCCAGGACGGGGCCAUCUGCCUGUGGGACGUGCUGACGGGCAGCCGCGUGAGCCACGUGUUCGCCCACCGUGGGGACGUCACCUCCCUGACCUGCACCACGUCCUGCGUCAUCAGCAGCGGCCUGGACGAUGUCAUCAGCAUCUGGGACCGCAGCUCGGGCAUCAAGCUCUACUCCAUCCAGCAGGAGCUGGGCUGCGGUGCCAGCCUGGGCGUCAUCUCCGACAACCUGCUGGUGACGGGCGGCCAGGGCUGCGUGUCCUUCUGGGACAUCGGCUACGGGGACCUGCUCCAGACCGUCUACCUGGGCAAGAGCAACGAGUCUCAGCCGGCGCGGCAGAUCCUGGUGCUGGACAACGCCGCCAUCGUCUGCAACUUCGGCAGCGAGCUCAGCCUGGUCUACGUGCCCUCGGUGCUGGAUAAGCUGGACUGAGCGGGAGGAGGGCCCGGCGGGGCUCCAUCCGUGCCACCGGGGCGAGGCCGCCGCCCUGCCGCUGCUCUCCCGGCUC